CUUAUGUCUUGGUUUGUAGCACGGAAGUUUUAUAACAGUAGGGUUAUGUAUAUACUCUCAGUAUGAGCUAAUGUUAUAUUCAGCUAAGAAUUUAACUUCUAGUUUCACAACAACCAACAAAAUGGUCAAUAUCGGUCUCACCAAAGUGGACGAUGCGCUGGCAGCAAAACACCCGGGUUUAGGGAGUUAUGCUGCCUGUCAGUCUCAUGCCUUCAUGAAGGGUACUGGGAGCUUUGUACUUGGUGCUGCCAGUUUGUUUGCCAUUCAGAAGGUUCUCCAGAGGAAGCUUCCUUAUCCUCUUCAGUGGAACCUACUUAUUUCAAUAGUGGCAUCAUCAGUGGGAAGUUAUGCAGUGACUCGCUGGGAAACACAGAAAUGCUCAGACCUUUGGUUGUUGCUAGAAACAGGCAAAGUCCCGGACAGAUCGCCACCGCAGGUGUCUAAACCAGAGGAAUCUAAAAAACCUGAGAAGACAAAAUAUGGUGACGUGAUGGAAUGAACAUAGUUUUUAACAAACUUGUGUAUCUACUGUAUAUAACUACACCUUUUCAGAUAAUGUACUAUGGUGGAAACAUUCAGAUGAGCUGUUUAUUAACUGUAUAGAGAGCGCUGGGUGUGAGUUAGUACAUACUGUAUUUAAUUGCAUCCCAGUGUUUUUUUUCACCUUUUAUUUCUGGAAUACACCACAUGAAUGAAGUGUCAUUUUUUCCUGAUUUUGUGGAGCUUUUGAAUUUCAUAACAGCAUUACCGUGUAGAUAAACAGAUGAGUUUCCUGAAUCAGAGGUCAGGAAUUAGUUUGGGUUUUUAGGAGGAAUUCCAUGUUAAGCUCUUGAUCCGGUAUUAUUAUUUGGAUGCGUUUGUUUGACAUGCAACAGGAAUUAACGCUGCACAGCCAAAACCAGCCACUAGUCACGGUAUACCUCAUAGGACUUGCAGAGCUGUAUGUUGUAGUCACUGGUGGCUCAACCAAACCAGUAAAUGACCAGUUUCUGUUUGAUCUAAAUUGCACAUUAAUAAUUUUAAUCAUGUAUGCCUUUGGACUACAGAGAGCAAAUCAUUGUGGAAUGAUUCACCCUUUUUAGACGAAUAAACAUUCUUAGCUAUUUAAUAAUAUGCUCAGGGCAGCAGUGUAAUCCACAUGAAAUAAUUUACUGCUGUUGCUUUACGCUGCUGCAUGUUCAUUCAUCCCUCUUCAGUUCAGUGAUGCUGUAAUGAACUCUGCAAUGACGAUGACACAAUAUUAAUCCUGUUUGGAUUUAUAGCAAUUUGGCAUCUGUGCAAAAAACAUGAACUCCAUGAGGUUAGGUGCUAAUUUAGAAUGACAGCAUGAGCUGUAGGUUAGGAAGAUGAAAACAUGGGAGGGGAAAUGUAGAAGGCAUUGCAAAUUCAGUUUUUUAAAAUAAAGAAAUUGUCACUGGAUUUAGGUGAAUGUAAGAACUGAGAGGAGAAGAGAAUUAUUGAGAAGUAGUAACAUGUUUCUAUCAUUUUUUAUCAACUGUUCUCCAGUGGGAAACUUUAGAGCUACUUCCAUCGUGCUAACAGCUGCCUUCUGAUGAUUUUAUUGAUAAUUUUGCCUUAUUAAGGUGUAAAAACAGUUGGAAAUCCACUCUUUGUUGUAUAUUUUUAUUGUUCAAAAGUAAACAAUUAUUAAAAAGUAUACAAUAAAAACAAUAAAAUUGUAUGUUUAGA